GACGCGUGCGAGGUGCGCCAGGCGAAGAUCGUUCCAAGGCGACUCGGGCGCCGCCGGGGCGUUACCGCGAGGGGCUGAGGCCGCCGAGGCCGGGCGCAGCGUGUGCGGGCCGCUACCAUGUCCAUCUUCACCCCCACCAACCAGAUCCGCCUGACCAAUGUGGCCGUGGUGCGGAUGAAGCGCGGCGGCAAGCGCUUCGAGAUCGCCUGCUACAAGAACAAGGUGGUCGGCUGGCGCACCGGCGUGGAGAAAGACCUCGAUGAAGUUCUGCAAACCCACUCGGUGUUUGUGAAUGUCUCGAAGGGUCAGGUUGCAAAGAAGGAUGACCUCAUCAGCGCGUUUGGAACCGACGACCAGACUGAAAUCUGCAGACAGAUUCUGACUAAAGGAGAACUCCAGGUGUCAGACAAGGAGAGGCACACACAGCUGGAGCAGAUGUUUAGGGACAUUGCAACUAUUGUAGCCGACAAAUGUGUGAACCCUGAAACAAAGAGACCAUACACCGUUAUUCUCAUAGAGCGAGCCAUGAAGGACAUCCACUAUUCGGUCAAAACCAACAAGAGCACAAAACAGCAGGCUUUGGAAGUCAUCAAGCAGCUGAAGGAGAAAAUGAAGAUAGAGCGCGCCCACAUGAGACUGCGCUUCGUCCUCCCGGUGAACGAAGGCAAGAAGCUGAAGGAGAAGCUCAAGCCGCUCAUCAAGGUCGUGGAAAGCGAGGACUACAGUCAGCAGCUGGACAUGGUGUGCCUCAUUGACCCGGGCUGCUUCCGAGAAAUCGAUGAGCUCAUUAAGAAGGAAACCAAAGGCAGAGGUUCGUUGGAGGUGCUCAGUCUGAAAGACGUGGAGGAAGGCGACGAGAAAUUUGAGUGACAUCAGCCUCCUGAACCGUGAGACACCCUGGCGGUGGUUCCAGUAGCACUGUCUUAUUUCUGCGAUCUGCCAGAACCCCCCUCAACCACGGUGUUGGAUGUUGUCCAUCUUGGGGUGCACAAAAAAGACUUUCCAGUUCAAGUCUAGGAAUCAGAGCGUGAUUUCGUUUUAAUUUAUAAAUCGGGGUUCGGGCAGAAAUGAAAAGUGCAAAAUACAGAGUCCAGAGGAACGUCUUGUUGCUCACUCAUUUCUUUUUAACUUUCCAAACGAAAGUGAUUUGAGACAAUUCUUGUGGAUAAAACAUGAAAUUUUGUAUUAAAAAGAGGUUUUUUUUGGGGGGGGAUGUGUCUGGAACAGAGAAUUUGCUAAAUAUAUAUAUAUAUAUAUAUAUAAUGUCUUGAUUUCUGUGUAAUGAAAUCUGUGUGUAUAGGAGUAACUGUAUCGUGUCUUAAUGUGUAACCUGGGUGGUGGCUCCCUGAGUAUAUGAAAAGAUAUAUAUAUAUAAUGACUACAGAAUUUAGAUAAUUUUCCUCAAACAUGCUGCCAUAACUCAGAUUUAUCAUUGGUAAUAAAUAAAGUCAUUUAUUUCUAAUUCUUAAAGUUUAUAAGAUGUAUUAAUGCAGUUUAAAUUUUAUGCAAUUAAUAAAACCACUCUUAUUUUUAGUAAGCUGUAACUGGUGUUUCUGGAUGGUUCCUGAACUCCAUUCUUUCCUGUUUUCUCCUUUGGUAGGAUUGGAAUGUUGUUAGGAAAACUAAAUAAGUGGUUAGAACAGGCCCUGCCGGGCCCAGCUCGGUAGCCUAGUAGCUAAAAUCCACACCUUGCAUGCCUCAGGAUCCCAUAU